CGCUUCUUCCUUCACCACAGAGCUUCCCAUCAGCCGGUCAGCACAGGCGCUGCCACCCGGUCCCAGCACCCCUGGCCACGCUGCAGUCAUAGGCCAGCAGCAGCCACAGGGGGCCACGGGAUGGUUUUCUUUUUUUUUAAAGAAGGAAAUCCAAAAAUUAGCGUAUUUAAAAGAUUCUAACUCUCUUGGGACUUCCCUGGUGGCACAGUGGUUAGGAAUCCGCCUGCCAACGCAGGGGACACGGGUUCGAGCCCUGGUCCAGGAAGAUCCCACAUGCCGCGGAGCAACUAAGCCCGUGCGCCGCAACUACUGAGCCUGUGCUCUAGAGCCCGCGAGCCACAACUACUAAGCCUGCGUGCCACAUCUACUGAAGCCCGCGCGCCUAGAGCCCGUGCUCCGCAGCAAGAGAAGCCACCGCGAUGAGAAGCCCGCGCACUGCAAUAAAGAGUAGCCCCCGCUCGCCGCAACUAGAGAAAAGCCCGCACCCAGCAGUGAAGACCCAAUGCAGCCAUAAAUAAAUAAAUUUAUUAAAAAAAAAAAAAUUCUAACCCUCUUGAUGAAUAACUCAAAUGGAUUAUCUGAAAUAAAAAUGUUUAUCUACUUUAUGAACUUGAAAAGAGAGACAGUUCAUGCGUUAUAACUUAACUUUGUGCUUGGAAGGACAGACCUCGCCAGGUUGCUUGUGGGGGCAAUGCUGGGGCCCUUUCUUGCUCCGCUUUUUAAUUCCCCGAAGGUCUCCCAACUUGGAGUCUGUUCAGAAGGACAGCUUCCUUGUACUUUUGCCUCUGGGAGCUGAGGUGCAGCGAGCUGGCUGCGUCCGGUUGGCAUCGGCCCGGGUGAGGCCCAGGAACCAGCCAGCAGCGUCACGCCGUGGUGCUGGUACGGAGUCCACUCUGAGUGAUGCCGCCUGGGUGGCCGUAGGCUGCCCCAAGCCCUGGGCACGAUGUUUGCGCGAGGGCUGAAGAGGAAGUGCGCGGAGGACGAGGAGGCCGCGCCCGCGUACAGUCUGCAGCGCCAGUCGCUCCUGGACAUGUCGCUGGUCAAGCUCCAGCUGUGCCACAUGCUGGUGGAGCCCAACCUGUGCCGUUCGGUCCUCAUCGCCAACACGGUCCGGCAGAUCCAAGAGGAGAUGACCCAGGACGGGAGCUGGUGCGUGCCGGUGCCCCAGACCGCGGGGCGGGCGUCACGCGACCGCCUGGUGUCCACGGAGAUCCUGUGCCGCUCGGCGCGGGAGGGGGCGCGCCCGGCCCCUGACCCCGGAGACCCGGCCUCUGAGCUCCAAGUGGUCCCAGCAGCGCAGGCUCCCGGGGCCCCUCCCGGUGCCGUUUGGGACGGGGACGGUCCUCGAGAAAACAGAGGAAGCUUUCACAAGUCGCUCGAUCAGAUAUUUGAGACACUGGAGAGUCAAAGCCCCGGUGCGGUGCAGGAGCUGUUUUCCGACGUGGACGGCUCCUACUACGACCUGGACGCCGUGCUGACCGGCAUGGUGGGCGGUGCCAAGUCGGGCCAGGACGGGCUGGAGGCCUUCGCCGCCACGGCCGCCCCGUCCCCCAGUGCCGGCUGCAAGUCGGACCUGGGCGAGCUGGACCACGUGGUGGAGAUCCUGGUGGAGACCUGAGCCGCGGCCGCGGCACACAGCAGAUGUGUUUGCGAGGCCCACGAAAGCAGCCGGCGCGCUGGGGGUGUGGGUGCCCGCUGCCCUGCAGCCGGGGCUGGCCUCUGGUUUGUCUGCGAUUAGGAGACCGACCCAGAACAGCAUCCGGUCCGCCCGCUCCCCCCUCUCUCCCUCCCUCCCAGGGCUGGGCUGCUUUCCCGCAGGCCGGUCAUCGCGGCUGCCCUGGGCCCUCGUCUGUGUCCUGCUACAGCCCCGCUGGAGGAUGCCAGCCCCCUUCCGCAUCCAGCCUCAUCCAACUUUAGAUAGGUGAAUUUUCUAAAAUUAAGUUUUAUAUGUUUUGGGCAAUAUUUUGUCUUAAGAUAUAUUUUUAAACUUUUAAUACUUUUAUCACUUUAGAUUUUUUUAGCUAUUUUCUUAAAAAUAUAUUUUUUCUAUAAACAUUCUCUGCUGCUACAUUAGAAACUUUUAUAACCUAAACAGUUGCAGUUGGUGUAUUUCAUUUUUUUUAAGGUUUAACACACACUGUUCUUUUUCCAACAAGUGUCACUGCCGUGAGUCUGCAGUGUCCACACAUCGUGAUUUCCACUUUAGACUCGGGUGUGAGCCUUGCCCAUACCCACUGCUGCGGUCAGAGCGAGGUCAGAGUUGAAGGCCUUGCACGGUGGUGCCUUUACCAGAUCUGCUGUGCGAGCCACGUCUCAGUUAGACUUCAGUGUAGAUUUUGGAGGGUUUUAUUUAUGCCUAUUUAUGUAUAAGUGUCUUCAGAGCCGACGGUCAGGUACGGUCUACCUGGAGAUCACGCGCGCCCUGAGGUGUCUUGGGCGGUGCCUCCAGAGGGUCUGUGACUCGGGGCCCCUCCUGCGCGGGUUCCCAGCACAGCUGACCUUCCUCCCGAAGAUGCUGCCCUCCGCGUGCCCCUGCCUGGCCGGGCUGCUGGACCCGGGUCAGCAGGGCCAGUGUGCCAGUGUGUUUGGGGAAGGCGCGUGUCCGUGCACCACUGGAUUGGAGAUUGGUGGCAUAAAUUUAAGUCUAGGGUUAAAGAAGUCUGUACACAUGUCAUCUGUGGGCCCUCGAUCUUGAGGGUCGUUGACGGUGGGGUUGGCUGGGUGGUGUGUGUGCCCUGUGACCCUGCCCCAGGCACCGAGACCGCCCGCGACUUUUAGAUCUUUUUCACUUGUUUGCAAGUGAGACUGCACUCUCUCUGCACACCCACCCCACGUUUCCCGUUUCUCGUGCUUUUUCUUCCUUCUCCAGCCCUUAGCCAAAAAGGGUUGUUUUCUUUUGCGCAUAUGCCAUUCUUAGUGUCAGUGGUGUGCACCUCAUUUUAUUAAAAAAUUAUCCAACAAA